AUGAGCCAGCCUUGGAGGAGGGCGUCCGCCAACAACACGAACAACAACCAAGAGAACCGACCACCGACCAGCGAUUCUGAAAGCCGCAAUCGACGUCGCAAUGCGGCUAGACGAACGCCCCUGGCAGAAAUCUCGAAUUCAGCUCCCGCCAGUCCCAGGAGACGUCGAUUCGAGCGUGUCGCAGUCAUAGGUUCUCCUCACCGCUCAAACACCACCGCAUUGCCAUCAACAGUCGCGUCGAGAGAGGCCAAGCCCGAAGUCGACGAAGACGGCUUCAAAGUGGUGCAACACAGCAAGCCGAAGACUCUCCGAGAGAAAAACAUAGCUUCCACUGUCUUUUCCAAUGUCUUAGCCAGCAACCAUCAGCGAGCAGCGAACGCCAUCCCCCUCACCACGACUCAAGCUCCCGUCCGGCGUGGCUCAGGCGUAGUUCCUCCUCGAAGCCGAAAGACCAAACUCUACGGUGUGCUUUGGUCCGAGCAAAUCUCUGGCAUCAUCGUGCGACGUCUGCACCACUGCCGCUUCAAAGACCCAAACGUAAAACUCGGCGAUCAAGGUGUCUUUGAGGGCCCGGACGGCCGUCCAUGGAUCAAGAAGUGGCGGUACUUCCUCAUUCUCCGUCAGUUCGGCGAGACCGUUGCGGAGAUUCCAAUCUACACAUUCGGCAACAGGGGACUCGAAAUGAAGCCGUCUGAACUUCAUUGCGAGUACCUUUCGAUCAAGCCAGUUGGUGUCGCGGCCAAGGACUUCAGAAACGAGAGCCCAGCCAACCCCGUUCUGAACAUCGAGAAGACCACUAGUCGGUAUGCCUUGAGCCGGCUGACCAUGGUCGCUCGCUUCACAGAGAUCUGUACCCGGAGCUUGGACUGUGAUGAGCUAUUGGUGAUUGGGAAUUUGGACAAGAGGUCGACGGAGACUUUGUUGGAGUACGCCUACAAGAAGGUGGGCGAGGGCUAUGCGAGGGGAGAUGGCGGUGUUGCGUAA